AUGGCAUCUGAAAGUCCCUAUUGGGGCCUAUCUACUUCACAUGCUAAGUUAGACUACGUGGUGACCAGAUACGUCGCCGAGUUUAUCAAUACCCUAAUCAAUCUUGUGUACAUAUUCUACGCAAUAUACGGAAUUGUCCAUCUUCGUCGACAUUCGAAUAAGGAUGUCUUCCGCGCCCUUCCCUACUGGGGCUUGAUGGGCGUUGGUAUCGCUUCUGCAGCUUUUCACAUGAACCUCAAGUACCAUACUCAGAUGAUGGACGAUGUAUCCAUGCAUCUCACCACAACCCCAGUUCUCCACCGCGUCAUGACAGUGAACACCAGUCGCAGAACCUCGAUUAUCCUAGCUUUUCUGCUGGGUGCAGCUCUUAUAGGACUCAUAACACACCAUGCACUGACAGAUGAGCUACUCUUACAUUCCGUCACGUUCGUGGUCAGCGUGACGAUCAUUGAAGUCCGGACAAUGCAGUUGAUCACCACGCGAACGCCAAAGGAUUCUCUCGCUCGACGCCAGAUCUGGGGUGCUAUAUUUGAGCUGGGAUUCCUCGUCUGGCUAGUUGAUGGGUGGAUUUGCGAAUGGCUGAGGAGCUGGCGGGCGACUAUUGGCCUACCGUGGGCUUUUCUGCUGGAACUACAUGGGUGGUGGCAUAUCUGCACCGGAAUUGGCGCUUACAUAUUCAUCGCGGUGAUUGAUCACCUAGUGUCGGGUGAAGAUGUUGGAGCCAUUGAGGGCUCAUUCGCCUGGCCCGCACCUUGGGCUUCUCGUUCUAUUUUUGCGGAAGGUUCAGCCCUGGGUGUCACGCCGGAUCUCAAGACAGACUGA